CAUCUGCAGAAAAAUGGCUCAACAUUACCACAUAUCAUCUCUCUUACUGCUUGCAUUUCUCAAUAUAUUCUUCAUUCAUGGCAACAUAAGUGGCGCGACUGCACGCCACCUCCUUGAGACACCCGUUCCUGAGAUACCUAAACCAGAACUCCCAAAAGUUCCAGCCUUGCCAAAGCUUGAAAUCCCAACUGUGCCGAAGCCUCAGCUUCCAACCAUACCAAAGCCUGAGCUACCAACUCUACCGAAGCCCCAGUUACCAACUUUGCCAAAGCCUAAGAUGCCUGAGAUCCCUACUAUGCCAAAACCUGAGCUUCCUACUAUGCCAAAGCCCGAGAUUCCUUCAAUGCCAAAACUAGAGUUUCCUCCCUUGAAAAAGCCAGAAAUCCCACCAGUGCCUAAGACUCAGGUUCCUCCGGCUAUGAAAAAGCCUGAAGUUCCAACUCUACCAAUGCCCAAGCUACCGAGUCUGCCAAAGCCAGAAAUUCCAGAACUACCAAAGCCAAAAGUCCCAGAACUUUCAAAGCCAGAAAUCCCAGAAUUACCAAAGCCAAAAGCCCCAGAGCUUCCAAAGCUAAAAGUCCCAACAAUGCCAAAGCCUGAAAUCCCAGAACUUCCAAAGCCAAAAGUUCCAGAGCUUCCAAAACCUGAAGUACCAACUAUGCCAAAGCCUGAAAUUCCGGAACUACCAAAGCCAAGAGUCCCAGAGCUUCCAAAGCCUGAAGUACCAACUACGCCAAAGCCUGAAACCCCUGAACUACCACAGCCAAAAGCCCCAGAGCUUCCAAAGCUAAAAAUUCCAACAAUGCCAAAACCUGAAAUCCCAGAACUGCCAAAGCCUAAAGUCCCAGAGCUUCCAAAGCCUGAAAUCCCAAAACUACCUAAGCCAGAAGUACCAACUAUGCCCAAACUUGAAAUCCCAGAACUACCAAAGCCAAAAAUCCCAGAGCUUCCAAAGCUAAAAGUCCCAACUAUGCCAAAGCCUGAAAUUCCAGAACUUCCUAAACCAACUCUUCCUUCACUUUCUCCACCAUACAAGCCCGCUACUCCUUGAGUAAAUUAUAUGCUACUUUCACUCUAUUAGGAAGUACCCAACUGAUAUUUUGCGAUUUCCAUCUUAGUCUAUGAAGCUUGCGACCUGAGCUGUGACAUGGAGAUAGUAUUGGAUACUUUCUGCUAGGAGUAGAAAUUGUAAUUCUUUUAUAGUAGUAUUUGAGUUGAAUGUACCAUGUUUGAUGUGUCGUUAUAUUACGAGUUUUUUAUUACUUUCUAUCAAUACAAUAUGUGUAAUAUAGCUCUGAUCUAUGUUACUUUGGUUUAAUUCGGCUAAUAUUUCAAAAGGUCA